AUGAGACGCAGCUUCCACUCUCUCCUGCUUCUCGCAGGAGUCGCCGACUUUGUAUUGGCAGGCCCUGUGGACGGCAGUCGUACUGCUGCCAAGCGAGAUCCCCUCGGCUUGAGUCUUCCUCCCCUUAUUCCAGCAAUUCCAGGUGUUACGGAGCCCUUGGCAUCAAAUGCUCCUCCUUUGCCUAUCCUUCAAGUGCCAACGCCCCCAGUCGACAGUCCGCCCUUUGACGUGUCCAACAUUCAGCCGAAGAAGAUUGGCCACUUCUGGACAGGCGCUGGCGAUAAUACCCACAAGGAUUUCUUGGUAACUGUGAGCUUGGAUGAUGAUACAUUUGGGACAAUCAUCCACAUAUCAGAUGUUCCUACAAGCGGCAAUUCUCCUCAUCACCUGGGAACCUCAUUGGACGGAAAGACUCUGGUUGGCGGCGGAUUGCUCUCCCUUCUCAAAACCCAGGAUACUGCUUUCUACUGGGAUUCCAGUGAUCCUUAUCACCCAAAGUUUGCUCACAGCAACCGGGCUCUGCUGAGUUCCAUCACUGACGAGAUCCGAGCCAAGCCUGAAGGUGGAUUUUUGAUUACAUACAUGGGUAGCGCUGUGGGAAGCUCACCCGGACGCCUGGUUGAGACAGACGCCAAGGGCAAUAUUAUUCAUGAAUGGCCAGAGGAUGUCGAGGGAACACUCAACAUUCUCGGUGAACAGUUCACACCACACGGCCUGAGUGUCGACUUCAAGAACAACGUUAUCCUCACUUCCGACUUUGUCGUUCCACUUAGCAUUCUCAAACCCGUCUCGGCUCUUGGCAUUCAAAAGGCAAACACGCUGCGUCUGUGGGAGCUUGAUAGCCGCAAGAUUAUAUCCACGAUCCAAAUUCCUCAUGGUGGUGGUAUCCAAGAUGUCAAGUUUAUUCCUGGAAACAAGGAGAGCGCCGCUCUAGCCACUGCGGUCAAUCCAGGCCAGGUCUGGAUCAUCUACCCAUUUCGAAAAGAUGCCAACGGCAAACAGGGCGUUGCUGAACUCUUCUAUGAUCUCGGGGACAAGGCCAAGGACUCUGUUGCCAUUUACUCUGACAUCAGCGACGAUGGGAAGCUGGCAUACUUUACUUUCACGUUGGGUAACCACGUCGCUGCUCUAGACAUUUCAGACCUGAACAAUGUCAAACGUCUGGACAACCCUGAUGAGACCCAGCCCAUCAUUGGACCUCACUAUGUGAAGAUUUCCCCCGACAAAAAGAACCUCUUGGUCACUGGUUAUUUCGUCCAGGCAGGAGACAUUUCCGUGCUCAACACCCCUGGAGAUUACAAAGGCCAUUGGAUUGACAUUCUCCCCGACGGCUCGUUGAACUUCAACCGAACCAUUGACUUUGAAAACAUCUUUACAAAGACCAGAGGUGGAGCUCGUCCCCAUAGCGUCGUCAUCUUUGAUCUGACCGACCCGACGAACCCGAAAUACUACUAA